AUGAUGAGCUCAAACUAUUGGAGUGAGAUGAGCAGCAGCAGCUGUGGGACUCAGCAGUCCCCAGAAGUGCUGCAGUGCCAGCCCAAGCAUUACCACUGCUACCAUCAGUCAAGCCAAGCCCAGCAGCCUCCAGAAAAAAAUGUAGUGUAUGAGCGAGUGAGGACCUACAGUGGGCCCAUGAACAAGGUGGUUGAGGCCUUGGACUCCAUCGGCUCACAGGAAGUGUUCUCCCCUCUCAAAACUGCCUCCUCCUACCAAAGCUUUCUUUGGAGCGACCGUUCCCAGGAACUUCAUUCUCCAACUCUGAAAAUAUCUACUUGUGCCCCAAGCACUCUACAUAUAACCCCAAAUACUGAACAGGAACUCCAUUCUCCAACAGUGAAAGUCACUACAUAUCCUCAGACCACUAUCAGGCAAUAUGUAGUGCAAAAUCCUGAACAGGAACCACUGUCGCCAUUCCUAAGAGGAGGCCAUUUCUUUCCAGGAAAUAAUGUUAUUUAUGAAAAAACCAUAAGAAAAGUGGAGAAGCUAAAUACGGAUCAGGAAUGUUAUCCUCAGGUUCAGUGCCAUCAUAACAUUGUCCAACAGCCCCAGAUCUUCCACUCUCUACACUGUCAACAAUCCCACUGUAGCCAGCAAAUCCAAACCAUCACAGGAAGUGAUUCAAUUUCUACAAACACUGGAAUUGAACUGUGUCAUAGUCACUCAAACCAUACACAUGAGCAGGUGAUAAUUCAGGAUGAUGGCCCUGAAAAAUUGGACCCCAAAUAUUUUGGAGAGUUGCUUGCUGAUCUAAGCCGUAAAAAUAUGAAUCUAUAUCACUGCUUAUUAGAACAUUUGCAGAGAAUUGGAGGAAGCAAACAGGACUUUGAGUCUAUAGAUGAGUCAGAAGACAUUGAAUCGUUGAUUCCUAAAGGAUUGUCAGAAUUUACAAAACAGCAAAUUCGCUAUAUUCUGCAGAUGAGGGAUAUGUCUGAUAAAUCACUCCGGCUAGUGCUGUCCACAUUCAGCAACAUACGGGAGGAGCUUGGACAUCUUCAGAAUGACUUGACAUCACUGGAAAAUGACAAGAUAAGACUUGAGAAAGACUUGGCAUUCAAAGAAACUCAAAUAAAAGAGUAUGAAGAACUCUUAGCAUCAGUGAGAGCAAAUAAUCACCAGCAGCAGAAAGGACUUCAAGACUCAACCUCAAAAUGCCAAGCAUUGGAAGAAAACAAUCUUUCUCUUCGGCAUACACUAUCAGACAUAGAAUAUAAACUAAAAGAACUGGAAUACUGUAAGCGUAAUUUAGAGCAAGAUAAUACAAAUCUUAGAGUGCAGCUUUUGGAGACUUGCACAGGCCCGAUGCUGCAGGCUAAAAUGGAUGAGAUUGGCAACCAUUACAUGGAGAUGGUAAAAAACUUAAGAAUGGAGAAAGAUAGAGAGAUCUGCAAACUAAGGACUCAAUUAAAUCAGUGCCAAAAAGAUGUUUCAAGAAGAGAAGGAAGUUGCAGUGACUUCCAAUUCAAGAUUCAUGAACUGACAAGCUUGCUGGAAGAGAAGGAUUCCCUUAUAAAGCGUCAAUCAGAGGAACUCUGGAAGUUGAGACAAGAAAUAUAUUCAUCUCAUAACCAACCCUCCAAUGAUGGAAGGACAACAGUUACCACUAGAAAGUAA